CAGCCGUAGAUACGAACUGAUAUAUCGCUUACGGUAGUUGUAAGUAUCAAAGCUUCCCUUUCUCAUCCUUCUUCUCCAACGUCUCUCAAUUUUACCGUGACAAAAACAGCCUUGCGGCAGCCAUUCGUUGUAACGCGAGAAAGCGAAGCACACCGGACCUUCAGAAGCACCACUACACUGCCCUGCCACAACUACAGAAGUCGGAAAUCAAGCGAGAUGCAGGAGAAGAUUUGGCUUAAGAGGGUCUUAAUCCCGAUAUGGGUGAUUGAGAUAAUCUGGUUUAUCGUCAUCGCCGUCUUUGCUGGCAUCGACCUCUUUGUUUAUGAGGAAUACCUGGACGGUGAGGAUGCAUACGUGGUUGAAGUGUUGGAUAUCGCUGCGGUGGUCCUUCUUGCGGCUGCAGUCAUUUCGAUCAUCUUCAGGAUCACAGAGAUUGCGCUCUUUGCGCGGCACAGGCUUAGCCCGGUGGUGUAUUUGGUGCUUCAUUGCAUUCCGGGAGCAUUUUGGAUCUUUAUCUUUGUUGCGGACAUCGUUGAGGCUGUCCAAGGAUAUCAGUCUGGCAUCACAUUCGUCUUCUCAACUGUGCUCUUCCUCACAACCCUCGCCGCGGUCAUUUACGGCUCGAUAGUAGUACACCGGAACCGCAAGGGCACCCAGGGCCGAGGUUACUACGCGGGUGUCGAAGCUGGUACGUCGACGGGCUACAUCGCUCCAAGCUAUGAAGAUCAGACUCAAGGCCGCUACGAGCCAUACGCCCAUCAAGGCACUGCUCCAACCGCGCAAGGUCUUGCGCCCAAUCCGUUCCGGGACCAGUCCCGUGAGCCGUCACCGGCGCCGUCAGCAUCACGACUGUCGUACACAACCGCACCACCGCCAUCGGCAGCUCAUCCAGCAUACAGGAAGAGUGGUGAGGCGGAGACGUACUACAAUGGUGAGGCUGCGCAGCAAUCGUACGAGAUGCAAGGUAUUGCAUACAAGCCUACCUGAGAGGCAGGCACCUGCUUCGGCUUUGAUGGAUCGCGUUGGCACUUGAAUAGAGGCGUAUCGUAGAUACCAUGACGAGGCAUGACGGUGCUGUAGCGUUCGUAGCGGGCAGCGUUCGUUGUAUGGUCAACUUGCACAAACCGCUAGUCGCGCCUUGUUGGUAUAUCAAUGACGAACAGCACCGCCAAAUGAGAGCGUGAUCCAAUGCGCCGCCUUGCGCAGCUCGCGCGUCGAACCUUUAGAUGAAACCGCAUCGUCGGCCGUUUCCGGCUCUGAGACUCAAA